GUGGUCAUGCCCAAGCUUGGACCACCUUCGCUGUAUGAGUUUGGGAUAUGCAGCAAUACAUUUAAAAGCCCCGAAGCACUCAUUGUUCAUGUGAAAACCCACUCUAAGAAGAUGCAUCAGUUGAACAACCUAAUUGGAGGCAGCUUGUCCUUCUCUAUGAAAGUGGCUUUGGAACGUAAGAACGCUCUUCAAUCCAGUUCUACGGACAAAUCAUAUGGUUGUCCUAUAUGCAAGGACACUUUUCUGCAAUCCUCGCAACUCUUAGGACAUAUGCAGACGCACCAAGUACAGAAACAGGGGAAUGUCACGAUGUGUAUUGUCUGUGGCUCACAAUUCAAGCAGGCCUCAAGCCUGCGUAAACACAUGCACUGUCAUAUGCGGGAGUCUGGGAAGGGUUUGACGGAGCUGGUGGCCAAAGUGGACCCUGCGUUGAUGCCAGUAGCAGAGGCUUAUCCCUGUGAGCAGUGUGAUUUGGUGUUCCGUUCCAAGAAUCGGAAGGCUGUCCAUGUUCGUUAUGUUCAUAAGCAAAUGACACCGAACAAGUGUGUGCUUUGUGAGAAGAAUUUUUAUUCGCCAUCGGAGUUGGAGCGACACAUGAGGACACACACUGGGGAGAAGCCAUUUGGAUGUGAUCAGUGUGGGAAAGCCUUUGCCCUUUCUACCACACUAAAGGAUCAUCUGCGAUCCCACACUGGGGAGCGGCCAUUUAAAUGUUCUAUAUGUUUCAAAGCAUAUUCAUCGCCAUCGAUACUUGGAAGAUACAAGCUCACCCAUGUUGGUGAACGAAAGUUUAAGUGUGACAUCUGUGCUAAGAGCUUCCUGUAUUCCAACUCACUCACAGUGCACAUGAGGACUCACACAAGUGACCGUCCAUUCACCUGUAACAUCUGUGGAAAGACGUUCACAGCCUCAUGUCACUAUCGUGUUCACAUGCGAAUCCACACUGGGGAGAAACCUUACAAGUGUACAUUCUGUGAAAAACAGUUCAACAACUAUGGCAGCCAUUACCGCCAUGUCCGCACACAUCAGGAGUGAAAGUUAAGCGGGGAGGAGGACGAGCAGGAUGAGCAGGAGGACAUUCCUGAGGUCUUGGAGGUCAAGCAGGAGGUCACAUCCAACGACUCCGGAGAUGAAGGUGAUCUUGAGCGUAAGCUUGUUCCAUUUAUGCUGUCAUCGGCUCUGAAAA